GCACUGAUCUCUGUUUGCAGCAUCCCUGGAGCAGCCUCUGUUGUGUGAAAUACAAGAAAGGGCAAGACGGCGAGAGCUGAUCCUGGGAGGCAACCGAAGAGCUGGAGGAGCGUCUCCUGGGGCCCGCCGGGAUAGGGUUACCCUGCUAUGUGGAGUCCGUCUUCAGAGAAAAUGGCUGUUUUGUCAGUGUAAACAGCCUGAGCAAUACCUGCAUUGCUAAAGGGGGAAGCAGAAGAGGAGGAGGAGGAGGAGGAGGAGGAGGGGCAGACUGGAGCAAAUGCUGCCUCUUCCAAUGAAAUUUUCCUGUCUCUAGCUAAGCCCCAGCCUGCCACAGUUCACCUCUGAACAUGCAUGUUGUAUGUUAAGAUCUGAUGGCCAUCACGCCGCCACCGAUGCCUCGGCAGACCCCAGACCAGUGUGUUGAUCACGCUGAAGCCUGAGCGACCCUCCAACAUCCACACACAGAUUAAAAUCAUCAGCUGAGACAGUUCCACCCGACCGCCAUGGCUGAAAAGACAACGGCGAGCUUUCUCUCCACGACCGCCACCACCACCACCACCACCGCCGUCCCCUUCCUCUCCACGAGCCCCGCAGCCAGAGACAACGUCACCUCCAGAACAUUAAUGACUGUUACCAUCACAACCACAAACGAGACCAGCUUCAACGCCACGGCCUUCCCAGAGGUGGUGAUCGAGGGCUCGGGGAUGGGGAUGCUGCUUGUGCCCUUUGGCAUCAUCACCGUCAUCGGCUUAGCAGUGGCGAUAAUGCUGUAUAUCCGGAAACGGAAGCGGUUGGAGAAGUUGAGACACCAGCUCAUGCCCAUGUACAACUUUGACCCGGCUGAAGAACAGGACGACCUGCUGGAACAGGAGCUGCUGGACCACGGCCGGGAAGGCAGCCUGGCAGGUCCCAAUGCCAAGGUAGGCCGGGCGGCGCUGGGAGGGAAGCGUUUUCCUGCGUGUCUUCAUGUGAAGCGCUCUUAUCUGUUUGGCAGCAAGCUGACGGUUUGACGACCACAAAAGCCAUGACAACCACCACUUCACUUGUCUCCCACAUUCAGAUAAACAUGAAUGGAAAGUUUUAAGAACAGAACUUUUUUUUUUCCAAAGUGCUUUUGAAAUACUUUCCGAUGCCCCAGUUGAGUUUUGUGGUUUGUGCUUAACGUGUAGAUUUAAACGUGUUAAUCUGCUGUUUGUUUGUUUCCAAGAGCUUUAAGUUGCUGUUUUUCUUUUUCACUGCCAUAAUUCUUCUUUAUUUUCUUUUAAGUUUUGACUUUGGCAUUAUGGUAAAAGGCAAACAGGGUAAAGUAUCAACCUGUGUGUGUGUGUUUUUAAUCAUUUCUCUUGAACCCUUUUUUUCCACAAACCUUCAUUCUUUCAUCUCUGUUUCAGUAUCUCAAAGACUAGAUGUUUGACGCUGAUAAACAUAUUGACUAAUCUGCAUUAGAACAAGUGGGACGUGCCGUCUGCAUCAUCUUUUCCUUGAACCUUCAGCCAUCUUCACCCGUUCCUUCGUGCUUCCUCAACUUUAUAAUCACAUGUUCAGGUUCCCAGAGGCCACAUGAGGCACAAAAAUAUUCAAAACUUCACCUUUUGUUUGACUAACUAAAGGGAAAAAUCCAAUCUGAUGCACACAUAUGGAAGAGCUAAUACUAAUAGGUGUUUUUAUUUGUUGUGCACAUACUUCAAGCAACUUUUGUGCAGUAGCCAAAGUUUCAUAUCAUGAAUGUACAAUCUCCAGCUUUUCUUCUAUAUCUGUUCCUGCAUCACAGCUCAACCUUUAGCACCAUUUGUUGAUGCAGAGAAAUACACUGAAAACAGAUAAAAAGUGAAGCUUAGUUCAGAUGAUUUAGUUUCAGCAGAGUGUUGGACGUAUAUUUAAAGCUGUAUGAACCUUUUUAUUCCCUCUCUGUGGCCUCUGGUCUAAAUUCUCUUCUAGUUCUUAUAAUUAAUUACCGUCUCCAUCCUGAAAUAUUAUUGUCCUCAGAUUAACACCAUGUUGCACAGACACAAGCCAAACAACUGCAGCCACUGUUACUGUGUUCUUCUUCUGCACAACCUUCACUGAGAGUUUCAUCUCCUCCACAGACUCUCACGACCUCCCAGGGGACGACGCAGAGGCCCAGCCGUCUGGUCUUCACAGAUGUAGCCAAAGCCCUCAACGCUUAGCAGCUCUCCUCC